UGCUGUGCAACUGCGGGUAUUGCGGAUAUUGUCACGGCGUUGCGCGUGACAUGGUUGAUGUGACUGCGCAUUGGAGCCCCUGUAUAAAGACCCUCUGACAACCCACUCCAAACAACAAUCAAAAUAUCUUCUCUCUGACUACUCAUUUUAACAACCUCAAACUAGUAUCCUACGCGAUGUCAGUUUCAAGCUUUUUAUCAUCGUUUGCCGACAAGGCCCAAAGUGCUAUCAAUCAAUCGCCCCUCGCUGGUCAUAUCCCCGGUACCAGCGCCACCGGCCAACCUACUGCUAAUCAGGCAGCAGCUCAGGGCGGCAAUCGCUCAGUGGCAUUGGAGGCAUUUCAGCAUCAAAUACGGUCACUCGGGCAACAAUAUACCAGUACCACGCCAGUGCAAAGAAUUAUCACAUCCGAAAAGGGUGUUGCAAUCGAUUGUGAUUCCUUCGCGAGAGAUGCGAAGGUGCAAAGCAAGGAAUUGUACACAUGGGGUCAGUCGCAGCCAGAGGAUCUCAAGGACGUGACGGACAGGUUGGCCUACUUGAACUUUGUUCAGGGAUCCCUUGCAUCAUCGGUGGCGAUCAAGCUCGAUAACGCACGAGCACCGUUUAAAGCUCUUCGCGAUGCUGAGGCUGUCCUUGCUCCAAAGCGCAUCUUCCGUGCCGGACUGCGCACCCAGAUUGCUCGUAUCGAGCAUAACCAGGAGAAGGGCAUGGAGCGGAGGCUUCCUGAUCUCAGAUCGCAACUUGCCAAGGCCGAACAAGUUGACGAGCCACUCGAAAAGGAACUUGAGAUAUUGAAGCGAAAGGCUGUCCGUGAAAGCGAAACGCAGAAGUGGGAUGCUAUACGCGAGUUUGGGGAAAAACUAGUCCUGUUGUCGCAGGCUUCCAAGCCCAUCAUUGCCGUGCUACCACCAAUCCCCCCUUCGCAUUCGAACCCUUAUACUGGAGCUCAGGAAACAGGCGCUGCUCGUGCUGCUCUUCAGCGUGCGCUGGAUGAUUAUAAGCCGGGGAGCACAUUCCUCCCCGCACAAUCCGGCGCAAAUCUUUCACGGUCUGACACCCAGUCGUUUGGGGAGAGUCAUGCUUCUGAACUGAGCCACCUCGUAUCUAAUCCUGAAGCGCACGCUGGUCAUCCAGGUGUGCCCAUCACACCUCCACCUCAAGCGGAUUUCCAUGCGACGGACGCAGAAAAGGCUAGAGAGGCAUCGCACUCUCCUCCUAUUGACCCGAGUACACUCAAUCUAUCUCCUUCACCAAUCCCGGAAGAUCAAGCUCCAAUCAGUUGUCCCACUGCUAGGAUUGCGGACAAGGGUUCGCUUUCCCCUGUCUUAAUUCCAGUUGCUGCACCCACAGUGGCUGAAACUGGUGUUCCCUUGUCUGCGGGUUCAUCUGGUCCAGGCCCUGCUAGUGGCUCUCUUCGCGACAUACACCGUGCCUCAGAUGCUGCGGGACCGCGAAGUGGCGGUCUCCCGGGCAACUCGCCGUUUGAUGAUCUAUAUGGACAGCCGCACGAGACUGCAGCAGAAGAGAAGAGCCGCCUUGAACGCGAGCGGGUACUCGCUGCGGGGACAUCUGCAGCACCCGCUGAAAACGAGUCUGCCGAGGAUGAGAAGAAGAGACUUGAGCGGGAAGAGAGGGAACGUGUUCUUGCUAGCCAGGACGGCGAGAACGCACCCGGUGAUGUCAAAGAUGGUGACGAGCUCCCUCCGUACAAGCCCAUUGAAUAAGUAGGUUCUGAUAUCCUUGAUUGUCUAUUUCUCGAUUGCUUUACUUCUCGUAUGCAUCUUGUAUAACUCGUGUACACUGCUGUACUGAUACCCAAAAUUAAGUCAUUUAUUGCGAUGA